AGUCAAGCCGCUCCCGAGAGCGCAAGAAGGUACAGGAGCCAUUCGAUUGAAGAAAAAUGCCGUAUUUCACGAUAGUCUAUGCAGCUGUACAUCUGCUAAGCGUUACUGCUCAAACGGUCAAGCUACAAGCUGAUGAUAAUGGCAAUUCACACAUAAAAUCUGCCUGGAAGAACCAACGUUUUGACCAAAGCAUUACGCGUAAGACCUGCUAUAGGAUCUACGAUCAGGACGAAUUGAGCUGCAGGAUCGAGCUGAUGAUGGAGAACGACCACAAAAAGCAUUGUGACGUAAAAAUCGGAGUACCUAACAGAGAGAACCCUAUCUGGUUCUCUUUGAAAUACACAAACAUGCUCAUGGAAAACAAACUCGUGUUGCAUUGGAUCUUUAGGGGCAAGGAGCAGCACAAGUUGGUCAGCAUACUCGAUAUGGACAAAUGUGAUAGCGUCACUUCAGAUUUUCCUGUGGACGUUUCGCCACUCGAUGAACUGGGACAAAUAAGGAACCCUAACUUUAAUGUCCUCGUGUACAACGAUAGCUAUCACGUCUCGAUUGACAGCAAGAAAAUAUGUGGUGAGCAACACAACCCGUGUACCAUCCGAUACAACCAUGAAGGUAAGCAAAUAAGCCAGCCCAUCGCUUUUCCCUCAAAGUACUUCAAGACAGCUAUGGUCGUGGAUAAAUUCAAUUCGAGUAGUGGUGGAUUUUUCAUCAACAUUAAGCUUAUUCGCGAAGGGAAUAAAGUAGGCAUUCUGAUGAAUGUCAGCUACGUGAGCCACGAGGGUCUUGAGACGAAGGUGCUGAGAAACCACUUUACCGAGUACAUAUACAGGCGACACUCGAUGGCGGAAUCGAGCGAACACGGGUACUUUUCGUUUUGCAGCAACAUCGCUUCGUACGAUGACACUAGGGUGCAUUGUUUUCAAUACGAUACCAAAGGUCAAAAAAUAAUGGACAGCAGAUUCAUUCUGGAAGAGGAUCAUGAUCAGUACUUUAUGCUCAAGGUGUUCCCUCUGCGUCACGGUGGCGUUGUCAUCGUGUACUACAACUUAUAUCGACUGAUCAACCAUUUGGAGACGGAUACAGGAUAUUGCGUUUACGUUGCCUACCUGCAUCAGUUUGACCAAAAUGUUAGCACAAAGUACGGCCACAAGUGCUUGAACAAAAUUACUAGAGCGUAUUAG